AUGCCUGCUUCGGCGACCCGUGCCGUUCUGCGGCAAUCGCAGUUCCUGACCCGGAGGACCGCGGUCAGAUACGCCUCCAACACCUCUGAAGCUGCCUCCAAGGCCAGCCAGACUGCCUCCUCUGCUGCUUCCAAGGCUUCCGAGGGUCUUUCUCGCGUCACUUCGACAGCUGGCCCUGCGAUCUCGAAUGCUGCUCAGGGUCUCGGUAGCGCUCUGAGAAAGGUUGGUGGAAGAACCGGAAAAGUCAUUGCCUUUGUCGACUCCUUGAUACCCCCUACUCUCUACUACUCCAAGGUCGGCCUUGAGCUCGCCAAGCUGGUUUUCCGUGGUCAGAACAUGACCCCUCCCAACCUGGCCACCUUCCAGUCCUACUUCCAGCCUUUGAUCAACGCUGCCAGCAACCCCUCGGCCCUCAAGAGCUUCUCUCCCCAGAACAUCAUUUCCCGUGUCCGCAACGCCAACAAGAAGGAGAUUGCUUUCGCUGGAGUUACCGCUGCCGAAGUAAUCGGUUUCUUCACUGUCGGCGAGAUGAUCGGUAGAAUGAACAUCGUCGGCUACAGGGGCCCUGCCCACGGUGACCACCACUAG